CAAGUGCAGAUCAAGUCUUUGAUAAAAAUCACCAAUUAGAAAAUAUUAGUUUUGCUAAAGAAGAAAUGACAAGCAACGCAAGCACUGAUAAUUGCUUAUUCGAUAUGGGAGACGUAGCAGAUCAGCCCGAGCCGAUGGACGAACAGAAGAAGGCUUUCAUGUUUUCAUUGGGUUUAUAUGAAACCGGUACGUUGAUUCCAGAAACCGUUAGACAAAGCAGACGACUUAAACGCAAGCGUGACACCAACGAUCGAAAUGAAGAACCCGAAAUGCCAACCAAACCAACCAAGCGUGAAGUCGCUAAGGCUCAGAGUCCAAAACGUACAACGACAGUGCAGACGCAGGCCAUAAAAACAGAAAAAGUCGAUCAGAAAUUAGCAGUUAAUGAACAACUAACUGAUGAAGAACGAAAUGCAUUAAUUCUUGGACCUAAUGGCACGGCAUUAAACAAAACGCAGCUCGAUCAAAUUAAUUGGAAAAGUCCUAGCUUGGCAACUAGGAAACUGCUAACCUUGCUCUUUGACCGGCGUACAUUAGGUACGCACUCGUAUAGCGGGGAAGCGUCGCCAGCAUUUUUGGAUGGCCGCCCGGUUAAACCUCAGUUGGACCGUGCCAUAACUGCAGACAUCAUUUGCUUUAUUACAACAGCCUUUCAGUGGAAGAAAAUGCAAAAAAAUACUUAA